UAGGGGGACCGGCAGCCAGGCAGGCAGACGGGUAGCAGGGGCCAGCACUGGCCCCCCUCCCAGCUUGGCAGUGGCAUGAAGAUGGGAGUGGGAGUGUAUAGUGCAGGAAGCACCUGCCGGGACCCCCACCUGCCAGCUAGUUGGACACCCCAAGGCUGUGUGCUGCCCACCUGGUGUUCCCCAACACCCCCAGCCCUACCCAGUGCACCCCUCCGGUGCCUGCUUUCCCUGAUGCCUGCGAUUUAGACCAGCCCGGCUGUAUCCACGGCAACAGAAGCAGGAGUGUCACUGGCCGCCAGAUCACUGAGGGUCCCACAAUGUGGCCCGGGCUGUGAUUUACCUGGGUGAGACAGCUUGAGCCCCCAUCGUGGAUUCCAUGACAUCCCUGCUGAGAAAGCCAAGCUCCCCUCUCUUAUCUCUGCCCCACCCCACCCCGUCUCUAUUUUUCUUUCUUUCCUGGCGUUAGCCCUCUCCCUCUCCCUGCUCUUCUUUUCUCUCUCUUGCUCUGUCUCUCGCUCUCUCUCUAUUUCUCUCCCUUCUCUGUCUGGCAUGCUGGUUUCUGUGUGUGUCUCUGUCUCUUUUUUCUCACUCUCAUUUUCACCCUUCUUCCCCUUUCUGUCUCUCUUCCUCUCUGUAUGUAAGGAUCUCUCCCCUUUCUCUGUUUCUCUCUCUGUCUCUUUCUCCCUCCUAUGUCUCCGUCUGUCUCUGUCACACACACCUCUCUCUCCUUCUCUCUCUCUGUGUCUCUCUGGCCUCUCUCUUACAUUCAGUCUCUGUCUGUCUCUAUCCCUUUCCCUCUGCCUCCCCUCAACGUAAAGGAGAGAGAAAGAGAGAGAGAAAGAGAGUGUGUUUACAUUCACCCAGCUGCGGGCUGUUCCACAGUCUGAGGGGGCUGUCAGGCCUUGAAGGGCUGAAAGGGAGCCCACCAACCCCAUUUCUGCUCAGCCCCUGCCCUGGUACUUUCUAAGUGCUAGUUUGGCCUCCUGUCAUGGGCUCUGAGAUCAAAAAGCCUGGCUCGGGCGCAGUGGCUCAUGCCUGUAAUCCCAACAAUUUGGGAGGCCAAGGCGGGCGAAUCAUUUGAGGUUACAAGUUGGAGACCAGCCUGGCCAACAUGACAAAACUGUGUCUCUACUAAAAAUACAAAAAUUAGCCGGGCGUGGUGGUGCGUGUGCUUGUAAUUCCGGCUACUCGGGAGGCUGAGGCACGAGAAUCACUUGAAUCUGGGAGGCGGAGGUUGCAGUGAACUGAGAUUGUGCCACUGCACUCCAGCCUGGGCAACAGAGGGAGACUCUGUCUAAAAAAAAAAAAAGGCCCGGCACCAGGUGGCUGUGGCAGGCCAGGCUGGAUUGAGCUGGAAAACCAUGCAGAGGGGAGACUUUUCCUGGGAGGGAAGGAGUAGGAAAACAUCCACUCAAGUUCCACCCCCUAAUCCCAGCCCAGCCCCAACAAUCAUCCUGAGUUUCCCCAGUUUCUGCCCAAUUGCCUCACUGCCUUCCCUCUGGGACCUGUGCUGUUACCUGGUCACAUCCCCACACUCCCGGAGCUCUCCUCUUUCCUGCAGCUUUGCUGCGCUGCUCUCACCGCCAGAUGUACCCCCCAGGCUGCUGUUGUAGCUAAUCCUGCCUGGAUGUCUCCAGGGCGCCCUCUCUGACCCACAGCCCCAGCCCAUUUAAUCCCUCAAUCAAUUCAUUUGAUAUAUUGUCACUGAGAGCCUACCAUGAUGUGCUACGUAGUGUUCUUUCAGAGGAGAGUCAGUGAGUCUUUAACUCCUGCCUUUGUGGAGCUUUCAUUCUGAUAGGACAAGGCAGGCAAUAAACUAAAAUUUAAAAGUAAAUUAUAUAUAUAAAAUUAUACAUAUAUAAAAAAUUUUAUAUCUAUAUGAAUAUAUAGUGUGUUAGAAGAGAGAAAUUCUAGGAAGCAAAAUAGGGAGAGUGGCAUGGAGGGGGCAUUAUCUGUCACCUGGAUUGCUGCAGGGGCCUCUGAGUAGUCUCCCUACUUUUAUCUGCACCCCACAUGACCCCUGCUCUUCACAACGGCAAGCGGGAUUCUGUUCCAUCCUAGAUCAUACCACAUCUGGCCUCUGCUCAGAACCCUCCCAUGACUCCCAUCUCAUUCAGAGGAAAAAGUUCUUGCCACGGCCUCCCUGAUCUGACCUCACCACCUUUCUGACCCCGCCUGCCACCGCAUUCCCCUGACUCACUGUGUUCCACCCACAGUGGCUUCCUUGCUCUUCCUCAAAUAUGCCAUGUAGAGUCCCACCUCAGGGCCUUUGCUCUGGCCGUUCCCCCUGCCUGGACUUCUCUUCCCCGAGAUAUCCGCAUGACUCACUCUCUCACCUCCCUUAGGUCUGUGCUCAGAUGACACCUCCUCCGUGAAGCCUCCCCGUCCACCUCAUCUAAAACUGCAGCAUCUUCCCCACCCCUAGCACUUCCUAUCUUCCUUCCCUCCUUUAUGUUUAUUCUUGGGAACUUGUCAUCAUCUGACAUACUAUACUUCACCCGUGUCUCUUCUUUGUUAUCUAGAACGUCGGUUCCACAAGGGCCGGGAUCUUUAUCUGUGUAGUUCACAGCUGUAUCCCCAAUACCUAGAACAGUGCCUGGCACACAGAUGCUUGAUAAAUAUUUUUUCAGUGUAUGAAUGAAUAUGCACAGGCAUACCUACAUGUUUAUAUUCACACAUACUCGCCUCCUCACCUAAAAUAAAAACCAAAGUCCUCAUCGUGGCCCACAACCCUACACAAUCUGGCCCCAAGGCACCUUUGCGACUUCAUCUUCCACCACUGUCUCCCUUGCUCUCACCGUUCCUGCCUCACUCGUCUUCCUGCUGUUCCUCAAGCAUACUAAACACAUUCUUCAUCAUGAAUAAAGAAAUCUAUUAAGUGAGUGGUGCCAGCAUUUUAAGAAUACAUGAAAGAGAAUAAAAAUGAAUGGGGUACAUUGCAUACAGAUUCAGUACUGUUUUGUGAAACUUUUGGUUCAGCUGUGUGUGUGCGUGCAUGUAUGUGUAGCGGGUUGUGAUGUAAAAUGUAUUUUUUUACUAUGGGUGGCAGUAAAAAAAAGUCUGAACACAACCUUAGAGCUUUGCAAAGGGGGAGAAGAGCUGCACCAACAUCCCUGCCCCACAGAUCCACCAGUGGAGGAAACAGGUAACCAAAGACAUCCAAAGAAAUGCAGCAUCCUCACCUGACAAGGAGCGGGUAGGAGCAGGAGUGGCCCAGGGGCAGGGCCUGGCACCAGCCAGGGCAUAAUUGGGGAGGGCUCGUAGACACACUAACCCUGCCCUUUCUGUUUCUUCCUCAUCUUUCCUUUCCAUCUGUUUCUCACGGUCUCCUGUCUGUCUGUCUCUCUCUCCCCUCUUUCUCUCUCCUCGCUCUUUCUCAUCCCCUCCAUUUCUGUGUCAAUCUCAAUCCAUUUAUAUCGGUGGCCACUUUUCUAUCUCUUUGUUCCAUCUCUCUCUCUCUCUUUCCCACUUUGUCUCUGCACGCCUGUUGUGUUUUUCCCCCUCUCUGUCUCUCUCUUGCCCUCAUCUCUCUGUCUCUGUCUGUGUCUCCCCCGCUCAUUCCCAUUUGCAGGUGCAAUGUAGCAGGACAACUCAUGGAGCCCCCCAGGGCCCAUCGAGUACCGAACUGGCUGACCCCCUAGGGUUGGCAGUAGCCCCUGACCCUCAGUAUGGCCAACACCACCGGAGAGCCUGAGGAGGUGAGCGGCGCUCUGUCCCCACCGUCCGCAUCGGCUUAUGUGAAGCUUGUACUGCUGGGACUGAUUAUGUGCGUGAGCCUGGCGGGUAACGCCAUCUUGUCCCUGCUGGUGCUCAAGGAGCGUGCCCUGCACAAGGCUCCUUACUACUUCCUGCUGGACCUGUGCCUGGCCGAUGGCAUACGCUCUGCCGUCUGCUUCCCCUUUGUGCUGGCUUCUGUGCGCCACGGCUCUUCAUGGACCUUCAGUGCACUCAGCUGCAAGAUUGUGGCCUUUAUGGCCGUGCUCUUUUGCUUCCAUGCGGCCUUCAUGCUGUUCUGCAUCAGCGUCACCCGCUACAUGGCCAUCGCCCACCACCGCUUCUACGCCAAGCGCAUGACACUCUGGACAUGCGCGGCUGUCAUCUGCAUGGCCUGGACCCUGUCUGUGGCCAUGGCCUUCCCACCUGUCUUUGACGUGGGCACCUACAAGUUUAUUCGGGAGGAGGACCAGUGCAUCUUUGAGCAUCGCUACUUCAAGGCCAAUGACACGCUGGGCUUCAUGCUUAUGUUGGCUGUGCUCAUGGCAGCUACCCAUGCUGUCUAUGGCAAGCUGCUCCUCUUCGAGUAUCGUCACCGCAAGAUGAAGCCAGUGCAGAUGGUGCCAGCCAUCAGCCAGAACUGGACAUUCCAUGGUCCCGGGGCCACCGGCCAGGCUGCUGCCAACUGGAUCGCUGGCUUUGGCCGUGGGCCCAUGCCACCAACCCUGCUGGGUAUCCGGCAGAAUGGGCAUGCAGCCAGCCGGCGGCUACUGGGCAUGGACGAGGUCAAGGGUGAAAAGCAGCUGGGCCGCAUGUUCUACGCGAUCACACUGCUCUUUCUGCUCCUCUGGUCACCCUACAUUGUGGCCUGCUACUGGCGAGUGUUUGUGAAAGCUUGUGCUGUGCCCCACCGCUACCUGGCCACUGCCGUUUGGAUGAGCUUCGCCCAGGCUGCCGUCAACCCGAUUGUCUGCUUCCUGCUCAACAAGGACCUCAAGAAGUGCCUGAGGACUCACGCCCCCUGCUGGGGCACAGGAGGUGCCCCGGCUCCCAGAGAACCCUACUGUGUCAUGUGAAGCAGGCUGGUAGGCAGACAGGCAGAGAGAAGGUCAUGGCCACCGUGAUGGGGCUAACAGCAAGGGAGGGGUGGGGGCCCAUACAGGAGUCCUCCUUUCUGAGCUCCAGCCCCAGACCCUCGAACCACCUGUAAUCUAGGCACCUUUGCCAACACCUCCCAAGGAUGGAGGACUGGGUGAGGGACUGGGAAAGAGGCAUAUUUAGUUUUGUGGGGCCUGUCUCCGCUGCCUCCUUCUCCACUUCUACAAUCUCAUUCUCUCUUUCUCUCUCUCUCUCUCUCUCAGAAGUGACAAUUCAGAAAAAGAAAAGAACACUGAGAAUGCAGGUUUUUCUACUAACAGCUGAGGAGACAGGCUUUCUUACUUUAAUGUCUCUCCUUCUGACACUGUCCAGAAGGGGGAAAUUUGUCAUGUAAAAUAGACUUCCAGAGCUCUUUUGCCCCCUCUGCUCCCAUGCACUCUCCCCUUCCAAGUACUUUAGCAAGGCCUGGGUGUUUAGGGAGAAAGUGGUCCAAGGCUGCUGACAAGAGGGACCAAAGGGGGUGCUGGGUUCCCAGGGAGCAGGGAUGUUUAAUUACUAUGUCGUGUGCAAUGUUGUUUUAGGCCAACCCUUGCCCCAAGCCCAGUCUCUUCUCCCUCCCCACCAUGUCCAGAUCUCCCAAAUGGUUCUUGUGCAUCUAUUGGAGAAGUCAAGGGAGUAGGGAGAAGGGCCCCAAGGAUGGGCUCAGGUUAGGUGAAGAGUAGGAUGUGAGCUGAACUCCUCGAACUGAAGAGACCCACACUUGGUCACAUUCUCUCACGUCGCCUUCAGGAUCCCCAGCCCCUAACUCUUCUUUCUGAGGAUGGAAAUCCACUUCAGCCCCACUAGGACUGAUGUGGGUGCCAUACAGGCAGGAGCAGCCCACCAGGAAAGUGUAGGGAGGGAGCUUAACUCCCCAGAGUAGUUGGACCACAGAGACUUGGGUCAGAGCCGAUUUCAACCCCAGAAUUGUCUCUUGGGUUCACCCUACUCUUCUAAAGAUGAAAAUUUGUUUGGGGCCUUGGUAACCGAUAGUGGUACAAACUCCAAGGCACUGCGGACUUGAGUCCGUUCCUAUCUGACCUCUUUUUGUCCCCCUCAAGCCUCAGGGGCCUCAAGCCCCUCCUUAGUAGCCCUUGGCUGACUGGGCCCUGAGCCCCAAACAUCCUUCUUCCCAACAACCCUCCUUCCCCUUCCUUCCCCCACCCUUACCUACACCCAAAGUGGAGCAGACUGCAGUCAGAUUCUCCAGGUGGGAGAUCCAAGCCUCCCUCCCAGGGGUGGAAUCCACUCUGGGCUUACUUCGAGGCCUGUUCUGUGGAUUGGUGAGCCAAGCUGGCACUCCUUGCCCUGGUCUUACCCAGGCUCUCUGUCCCCCUCUCACUUCCUGUGGGGCCGGAAUCUGUAUUUAUCCAUCCCCCUUUCCCUUCUUUAUAGAAGUCCCUGUCCUAAACUCCCUCCCUAGCCCAAGAGAGCCCCAGAACUGGGGAAGCCUGACCCAUACAGAAUGGGUAGGGCACUCUAGGCAGGAGAGACAUUAAUGAGCCUGGCUGUGGAGUGGCCCUGGAAAGGCAGGCCAGAGUGGCUGAGAGGCCGGGAGUGGGGGAGCCUGUUCUCUCAGCAAUAGUGAUGGGGGUGCCUUUCCGAGGGGGUGGGGUGGGAAGACCAAGGGGGUGGGGGGUAGAUAGGGUACAUUCAGGAGGGUUUUCCUCCAUUUCUUUUUUCUAACUGCCUGGAUUCACCAUUGGAUUUUGUAAAUGGAAAAACUGAAAUGAACAAUGCUAUAUUGGAUGUUUUCUCUUUCUGACUGUGUGUGUGUGUGUGUGUGUGUGUGUGUGUAUGUGCCCUGUCUGACCACAUGUGGAGAGACAUGAUUCAGUGAUAGUGUGUGUCUGUGUGACUUUGUGUGGGGAGGCACUCCUGAGGAAAACUUGCCCAGUGCACACACAUAAGCAAAUGCCUGUAUAUGGGGACAGAUACAGCACGUGCAUGCAUACACACACACACACACACACACACACACCACAGUUGAGAGGAGACAAACUAGAGUAUGUGCCCAUGGUAGGAAGUAGAGUGGUCAAGAGAUGGAUCUUGGAAACUACAUAGGUAGGUAGCAAGAGGAUAGACUCCCAUCUCACAAGAUGGGCCUCCCUUGGCCUAGGCCCUGAGCACGGGAGGGCUGGAGCCGCCAGGGUACUUGAGAACCUCAUCUCCUCACAAAGCCUGUAGCCCCAUUUCAACCCCGCCUCAGUCUCCUUCCCAAACUCAAACAAGGUGUUCCUAAAACUGGACCACCAUGGAGAAUGGGGACUGGGAAUUGAGGAUCAAAUGUGAGGGAAACUGAUGGGGUUAGAAAAUGCCCCCCACAAAGUAAUGGCUUCUGGAGGGACUGCUCAGUCUGGGAUGGGAGCCCUUCCUAGGGGCCACUGUAUGCAGCUGGGACUUUGGUCAGCUUUGACCAAAUUUAGAGGGAGGGAUGUCAUGGGGAAAAAAAAACCCAAGCCCAGGAGUCUACCCAGCCACCCUGCUCCCUAGACAGUUAAUUUACUAUCUAGUUAUUCUCUCAGGUGCACAGAAUUGAGUUGACCAUACUCCUCAGUUCUUGGCACGCUAUAUCAUCAUUGGUCCAUGUGAGGCCCUUUUAUUUUUCUUCUUCAGUUUUGUCCCCUUCAUCACCCAUUCCUGAUCCCAUCCUCCCCGCCCCCUACAUAGGCACCCACUCUCGUGUAUUUAACGUACGUCCUUCCAAUCCACCGUUCAUGUGUUUAUUUACAUAUAUGUGUAUCUGUGAAAAAUGUAUGGUAUUGCUGUGUUUUAAUUUACAUAAACAGUAUUGUACUAUAAA